GUGAAGGCCCUGUUGGACCAGAACAACCUACCCACAGAUUUGCAGCUGCACCGCUACAUGCGGGAACUUGUCAAAGCACUGGCCAUCCUGAUAGCUGGCGCCCCGGAAGGCCUGCGGAGAGAGGUGAUGAAGCCCUUCGAGGGGGUCUGGGAGUUCCAGGACAACGCGCCAUUAGCCGCACCAUUGAAGGUCGAGCAUUUGGUCUUCGUGCUGGAGUCCUUGGAAUCGCUUCUGCUGGCAGGCCGCGAAGUGAUGGGAGAAGUGGCCGUGCGGGAGAUCAACUACGAUGCCAGGCGGCUCAUUGCAAGGACACCCUUGGCCAAGGCUCGGGACUUGACGCUCAAUGCGCAGCUCAUUCGUGGGGUGGAGGUCCACUUCUCCAUGCGCUUGGCAGAUGACAGGAGCCACCACAUCUUCGCGUGGUGGUUCCGCUAUGGCGACCGCAACGUGCACGAGACCGUGCUGUACUGGGACGAACAUUUCGAGUAUGGCGACUCGGACGACAUGAGUGACGGUGAUGUGGAUGAGCAGGCAUGCCCGAGCCCUACGUGA